CUUGACAAAAUAAUAGCGCCAUUGUUGGAUUUGUAAACAGAGAGUUCGUUGGAAAGAGCAGCUACUGUGAGAAUGGAGAAAAUGGCAGCUCUCACUCUCAUCAUACUACUCUUCUCCUCUUCUUCUUUUUCUAUUUCCAUGGCCGAAAAAAGUGACCAUGUACAAGGACAACAACUGUAUUCUUUCUCAAAUCCCAAUUGGCAAAUCCAAAAUCAACGAGUCAUAGAUGUGAAAGGAGGCCCAGAUUCUGUGGUUUGGGUGGUUCAGCUCUCUGAUCUCCACUUCAGUGUUCACCACCCAGAUAGAGGUCUCGACUUCAAGAAAUUUGUGGGUCCUGCUCUUUCCAUGAUCAACCCUUCUCUGGUUCUCAUCACUGGUGAUCUCACAGAUGGCAAGAGCAAGGAUUUUUUAACAAUGAAGCUAAAUGAGGCGGAGUGGGUGGAGUACCGGGAUGUAAUGGAAGACGUUGUGAAAAGGAGUAAACUUGAGAAAAACGUCUUCUUUGACCUCAGAGGGAAUCAUGAUAACUUUGGUGUACCUAUGGCUGGUGGUUCUUUCGAUUUCUUUUCAAAAUACAGCAUUAAUGGACAGCUAGGCCGGAAGAAAAAUGUCAACAGUGUCACCCUCCAGGAGGCUGCAGGGCGAAAAUAUCUCUUUGUUGGAGUAGACAGCACGCUGUCCGUUGGUUUACGAGGUCCAACCAAUCUUUUCGGGCAUCCAACAGAUGAACUACUAACUGAAUUAGAUAUGGAACUUUCUCAAUGGGAUUCUCAAUCAACAAGACCGGUAACAAAGGUUACCUUUGGACAUUUUCCUAUUUCAUUCUCAGCGUUAUCUAAUUCCAGGAAGAGCCUUAAAGAUAUAUUCCUGAAUCAUUCUGUAUCAGCUUAUAUAUGUGGUCAUCUCCAUACAGGGUUUGGUAAAAAUUUGAAGCGAAAUCAUCAAUCGAAUCACCAUUAUUUAUCCUCACAUAAGUUUUUUCAGUUUAACCCACACCAAGUAUCUUUUGAUAGAGUCAGAAAUUGUUCAAUUGGAGCCUCGCCCGUCAAAGAAUUCUGGGAGUGGGAGAUGGGUGAUUGGAGGAAGAGUAGAGCCAUGAGAAUUUUGGCCAUUGAUAGAGGUCAUGUUUCUUAUCUUGAUAUUGACUUUAAGUCUGGAAGCAAAGAAACUAUUAUUUUGCCAACUUUUCCUUUAGAUUCACGUUUCAUGUCAACAUCUUCGUCGCAUCAAAACUAUGAAUGCAAAGCUAUCGUCCCUUCUUCUUACGAGACGGUUAGAGCGCUUGUGUUUUCUGUGUCUCCGAUUGUUUCAGUUGUGGCUAAGAUAUAUGACUCAAGAUCUGGAAAUCUAAAUCUGAUCAUGGAAACAAAUAUGAGCAAGAUUGUUGAUAACACUUCUAGGGGGGAUCUUUAUAUUGCCCCAUGGAACUAUAGAGCUUUCGAGGACCCAUCUCCGGAUAGAUAUUGGUUGCAAAUAGAGGCAAUUGAUCUCAAGGGAAAGUCAACUUUGACUGAUCUCAGGCCAUUUUCUAUAAAUGGUCUUAAUGCUAAGAUCUCAUGGACUUGGUUGGAAUUUAAAGUCAUGGGAUGUCAAUGGACGCUCCUGUAUUUCCCAUUACUGUGGUCUGCUCUGUGUUUCAUGCUGUCCAUUCUCAUUAUCCCGAAAUCUUUGCUUAUUUUUUCAAAUAAGCGUUUCACUUAUAAGAAAUUUGUUUCUGAUAAAAGCUUCAAAAAUUGUAUAGGAUGGGUUCUGCAGGAACUUUCAAUGGUUCAUGGAGUAUGGUUUGGCAUGUUAGGAUACUUAUUUUACCUUGUAUUGUUCCCAUGGUUGGUUGGAAAAGUUUUUACAGAUGAUGAUAUUAGGGGAUACAUGACUUACAUGGGUUGGGCAGUUAAAUCUGUCAAUGGGAGUGAGAAACAUGAAUAUAUUGGAUUUCCAGAUGUAAUGGUUGUAGUUAUUCCCCAUAUUGUAUUUGUGGUUUUUCCUUCUAUUUUGGUCACUGGAUUUUUGGUUGCUGAGAAAGAUAUCUAUAGGGAACAUUAUUUAUCUGUAACAGGAAAGAAAGAUGACAAUGAUGGUGAAGAAAAAUCAAAAUCUUGUGUUGGAAUGCGGUGGAUCCGAAAAUUUCUUUUCGUUGUUUGCUUGGUAAUCUUAUGGAUGCAUUUUAAGAGCUGCAUGGCGCUUGUUAAAGCGUAUGAGAUGAAUCCAAUCCUUCAUUUUCCAGUAUAUUGCUUCAUAAUCCCUCUACUAUUGACUUAUGUUGUCUACAAAACUAGAAAUGUAUAGUAACACUAAGUGUAUAAGAGCAUGUGAUCAUAUACAAUUGUCUGAAAAAAAUACAUCUAACCUUACAUGAUAUUAGUAUUUAGAUAUUAUUAAAAUUCUUGUCUUACCCAUAAGAAUUCUUUAAGAUAUGGUCAUUUUGUUCAUAAGAAUUCUUGAGAUAUGUUUUGUUUGUCAUUGAAGUGUACAUGACUUAUGUAAAAGAAUUCUCAUUAGGUAUGUAUGAACUAAUAAUGAUGUAUAAAUAUUAUGCAGUUAUGUAUGAUACAUUAGUUUUGGGAAAAA